CGAAACAUUGUCAUCUUCGGCGAAACUGGCUCAGGGAAAAGUUCACUCAUCAACACAAUCGCGCAAACGCAGCAGCUUGCGAAGACAUCCAAUGACACGCACGGAUGCACUUCUACCCCCGAACGCUACCCAGUAGAAAUUUCUGGCAAGAAAUAUAUCCUGAUUGAUACCCCAGGUCUCAAUGAGGGGUCUGCAGGCACUGUACCAGAUGCGGAGGCAAAAGAACUGUUGAAGAACCUGUUGCGUGAGCUCAUGAGCUCUAGGUCGGAUGGUAUCGGCCUUCUGGUGUACUGCGUGCGCAGCGCGACUCGCCCUCGCACCUUCGUUAAGGCCUAUAACAAGGUCUACUCUGAGAUCUGCCAUAAAAGAGUACCAAUCAUCCUCGUCGUCGAAGAAUGGAGGACCGAGCGGGACAUGGAAAGUUGGUGGAUCACCAACAGAGAGCAAUGCAAUAAUCAUGGCAUGCAU